AUGAAUUUUAGUUCCCUGCUGGAUAAUGUAAACUCGGUCAUCCAAAAUGAUUUACCACUCGAUUCAGAUGGUCAGCAAAUAGCUAACGUUGAAAAUGUUGGAUUUUUCAAUGGGAGUGAAGGCGGAGAAGAAUCUCAUACUGGUUGGCAAGCGUCCAAAAGUACAUUGAAAGAGCGUUUCGCAUUUCUUUAUUGCAAUGAACUUCUUGCUGAUGUUUGGUUUAUUGUCGGUCAUGAUACACAAUCGCAGAAAAUUCCUGCUCAUAGAUUCAUAUUGGUAACUGGCUCAGCCGUUUUUGAUACCAUGUUUAAUGGGCAAAUGAAACAUAACGAAAAAUCGUAUUUGAUCAAGUUGCCUGAUGUCGAACCUAGUGCUUUUCUAGCCUUACUGAAGUUUCUUUACACAGAUGAAGUUUCCAUCGAGCCGGAAACAGUAAUGACCACUCUUUAUACAGCGAAAAAGUAUGCAGUACCAGGCAUGGAGCUUGCCUGUGUGGAUUUUUUGAAACGAAAUCUUGGUGCUGAUAAUGCUUUCAUGUUACUCACUCAAGCUCUUUUGUUCGAUGAACCGCAUUUAGCUAGCCUUUGUUUGGAUGUUAUUGACAGGAACACACCUGAGGCUUUGAAUGCAGAUGGUUUCACGGAUAUCGAUUUGGAUACACUUUGUAUGGUUUUGAAACGAAAUACAUUGCGAAUCCGUGAAGCACCUUUGUUUGUAGCAGUACUUCGAUGGAGUUCAGAAGAAUGCCGUCGCAAGGCACUGACUGUCAACUCGGAGAAUCAGCGAAUGGUACUUGGCAGAGCGUUGUAUUUAAUUCGCUUUCCAUUAAUGACUAUUGACGAAUUUGCCCAACAUGCAGCUCAAACGGGUAUAAUGACAGAUAGUGAACUGGUCAGUCUCUUUCUUUAUUUUACGGUAAAUCCUAAGCCACAGACAGUAUUUUUGGAUAUCCCACGCUGCUGCGUUUUCGGUAAGGAAGUAGUGGUUAGUCGCUUUCAGCGUGUUGAGGGACGUUGGGGAUAUAGUGGUACACCAGAUCGUAUCAAGUUUACAGUCGAUAGAAAAAUUUAUGUUCUUGGAUUUGGUUUGCAUGGUUCAAUUCAUGGCCCUUAUGUGUAUCAAGUCACUAUCCAAAUUCUCCAUUGUGGUACGGGUAAAGUUUUGGCAACAAAUAAUACUUCCUUUUCCUGCGACGGCUCUUGUGGAACUUUCAGAGUGCUGUUUAAGGAGCCAGUCGAAAUCAAUCCUUGUGUUACUUAUAUCGCUUCUGCACAUCUGAGGGGUCCUGACUCACAUUACGGUACCAAAGGUUUGCGACGCAUAGUCCACCAAUCCCCUUCAACUGGAGUUGUGACUUUCCAGUUUACUUAUGCCGCUGGAGACAACAAUGGUACGUCUGUGGAAGAUGGCCAGAUCCCGGAAAUAAUAUUCUGUACUAAAAUUAUCUAG